AUGAGUUCGAUUGCAGUCGAGUACCCCCAAGAAUUAUCAACACCCAUCGAUUUAAACGAUGUGCAGAUGAGUCUCACAUCCCAGGAUCACCAAGACUCGUCACUAGAGUUGCAGCAGAUGGCUGAACAGUGUGCCAGCACUCUCUAAUCCUUCAUCCAAUAUAAUUCAGUUGCAGAUCCACUCGUAGAGAAUGCUCAAUUUUAAAACUAAGCUCAAUGCUGCAAUGAGGACAUAUCUCUUGAACAGAGAGCCUCUCCCAACAACGAUGCGAUCGAUCAUGUUACUAUUUCAGUCUCAGAAAUAUAGUAGCGUGAGGGGGAGAACGUUUAAGGGCAGUCUGUCGAAGAGAGACUGAUAGAUAAGAUAGCGGAAUUUGAAGGAAAAGUAGAAGCUCUAUAAAGUUUGAAAACCAACCUAUAUGCUGCUAUUGAGUAAUUAGAAAACAAUGACUCUAAUAAUACUGACCAAUAAAAUCUUAGCAGUAAAUAAACAGAAGAAAACGACGACAUCCAGGUCUCGACUCUGUAAUUGAACUUAGCCACACUUAAUGAAGAGCAAGAAUAGCUCUCAAAGGAACAUGACCCUCAACCUUCUCAAACUAAUUUAGAUCUAUAAGAAAAUCUGAAAAAUAUAGAUCAAGAAUUGGUUGAUAGAAUUGAAUAAAAAGAACAGGAAAAUUAAUAAGUCUGUCUAGAAUAGUAGCAAGAGCAGAUUAAGGGAGAUCUUGAAACUGCUUCACUCACAGACACAUUACUAGAAGAGCCAAUCCAAAUUACAGAUGAUGAUGAUGAUGGUGUAGGUCUACUGUAAUUAAGCUCCAUCGAAUGCACUGACAACGACAAUUUGCUCAGCGAAGAAAGUAUCAAAGUUGAUCAAACCUCCCAAGAUCAGUAGAUAUCAAACGAGUCAAAGGCUCAGGAAGGUGAGGUGACAGAGACAGCUGCACAUCAGUAACAACGCGCCUAACCCGAAUCAGACAGUAAGCUUAAAAAGAUUCUUGAUGAUUUUUUCUCUCAAGUAGAGACAGAAGGAGCAUUGAAGGCACAGCAAAAGAAGAGGCAGUUCCAAGCUGGCAAGGAAAAUGCUCCCACUAACCUAGGAUAACAAGACUCUCUUGAGACUCCCAAGAAUCAUAAAAUGUCUGCAGAGGAUGAGCAAACGCUUCAGUAAUCUCCAGUUAAAAGGAAAAACAACCCUAGAGAGUCAUUAGCUCCAACAACUUUAAGAGACGACAACGGCUCAACUCAAGUUUAAACUCCACCCUCUCAUCAAGAAAACACUUCUCCUUCCAGUCCAUUGAAGCAGGAAAUCGCUCCUUAGAUUGAAGAAAAUCCAACCCAUCAAGAGCUCAGAUCAUAGCAUCAAGAAAAUGAACCUGAGACUAAGGUGACUGACGAAAACAGUCCAAAGGAGAACAGUAACGGCUCUGAUUCAGACUCAAGUGACGAUACUAAAAAGAGAACAUCACUUUAAAAAGAAAAGGAUCAAUUAAGAGCUCCAUUCUCUGAACUUAAUAAUGGUGGAUAAAAGAAAAGAUCAUCAGAAACCUUGAAAGAAGGCGAAAAAGAGAAGCCAAAGAAGAACCGCAUUGUUGACAUCAACAAGACAAUCUUCGUUGACUCCUACAUAUUAAAUUACUCCACAUUUUACCCAGGAAAAUUGCUAGGCUCUACUCUCAAUGUGGGCAACUUGAGCAAUGCUGAGUAAAUUGUUGAACUCUCAAUUGACUCGAACAGCUUCCAGUUCAACAGGAAGCAACUUAACACAAAGUUCGGUAACCCUGAGCUCCCAUUCUAGCUUGAAGGAGCUGAUGCAGACGGCAAGCUGCAAGACACCAUAGUAAACUCUGAAAUCAAGCAUGAGGCUUGGUUUAUUGAAAACCCUAUCUCUAAGGAGCUAACCAAGAGAAUCACUCUAAAGCUUGGACCUAAGGCUGAGCAAGACUUCAUCAUUGUCGUUAGAAGCCCCAACGCUAAGAGGACUGAAAAUCUCGUCUCAAUUAUAAAUAUCGGAUUGUUGACCUAUGCAGAUGAACAGUUUGGUGUCAAGGAGAGCUUUGAAGACUUCCUGAAGCUUAAUUAUAACAGUAGUAUGAAAGAAUUCUUAAGGGAUCGUAAAAAGGUUGCUUAGCAAUAGAGAAUCGAGAUAAUGCUUGCUGGCAAAGUAGACGUUCCUAGCCUUGUAUGCCAAAAGGAGUUGGUCGUGUCAGAGUUCAGCGAGAGAGUGAUUCCACUUGUCGUUAAGAAAGGCCAGUCUUGCCAGAAGUUCAGAAUACCGUUUAAGAAUAAUGGCCCUCAGGAACUAGACGUCGAUUUCACUUUCCAUAAAUAGUCAGCAGUCAUUUAAGGGCCACUAUAAAGAUAAAAUUCAAAUGGAGACGAGAAGCAGAGAUUGCCUCUCACCUAGAGUCCAAUUGAGUUUGUUUCAGUACCUUCAAAUGUGAAAGUGCCAGCCAACGGCACUGCAAUCCUCAAUAUAGCUGCUAAGUUAAAGAACUCAUACUAAUUGGCUAGCAUCGGCAAAGACUAAAAUGGACAAUAAACUCCUCCACCUGCUAAGGCUGAGAAAUACAAUCACUUGCUUAUUGCUAAAAUAAAAGAUACCCAGAUAAUGUUCAGUUUUAUAAUUGAAGCAUCUGUCCUUGAGGCCAGCAAUACACCUAACAUGUGA